UCGAUGGUUUGACAUUUGCGUACCCAAGCAAGCGGUGGAGUCGCAAAUUUUGUGUUGCAUUUUCGUGACGAAAUUACACGUCAUUUUAUCGAUUUUUCAGCUCCGCUACAGUGGAAAUACCAUUCCGUAAAGUUAAUUGCGAAAAUGGUUUCGCAAAAGUCGUUGCGAGUUAACGCAGACAGCGAGAAGGAAAACAAAACGAAUACGGCGUCUUCUGCGGUUAGCGGCGGCGGCAGUGCACAUGCAGGAGACGGCAGCACUGCUCCCGGUUCCAAACAAACGAAAGAAAAAGCUUCCGACACCCAGAUUGUUGGUUCGGAUGGAGUUAGUUCAAGUGCGGCCGGUUCACCAGAUGCGAGCGGUGGAGAAGGUGGUGGUAAAGAUGAGCUGGUCAUUGGAGAGGAGUACAUGGUACAGCGACAGGAUGGCACAUGGCAUUUAGCGCAAUUAAUUCAAUCGCGCCAAAACCCAUCAGAUCCAAAGCAGCAGGAGUAUUAUAUUCAUUACGAAGGACUUAACCGACGGCUGGAUCAAUGGGUGACACGAGAUCGAAUAUCGAACGAUAGCAUGCCGGGAGGCAGUCCAACCGGUGCCGGUGAUCGGGCCACCAGUGUAUCUAUUCCAUCAAACGCGCCUGGCGACGGUGCAUCUGCUAGGAAAAGCCCUCUUGGAUCAAAUACGGUUAACGCGAAAGAUCGCUUUACUGGACUAAAACCUGGAUCGAAGGAAGCCGGCACGUUGCUAGUGAGCGGAAAUGAUAAUAUCGGCUCUAGCCUCGAUGGAACCGACUCAGAUCGUAAAAUAACGCGCAACCAAAAGCGACGGCACGAUGAGAUAAACCAUGUACAGAAAACGUACGCCGACAUGGACCCAACAACGGCUGCCCUGGAGAAGGAGCACGAAGCGAUUACGAAAGUGAAAUACAUCGACAAGUUGCGCAUUGGAAAGUACGAAAUCGAUACGUGGUAUUUUUCACCAUACCCCGAAGAGUACGGAAAGGUUGGCACGAUGUACGUUUGUGAGUACUGCCUGCGAUACAUGCGACUGGCAAAAACACUAAAAGAACAUAAAGCUGUGUGUACCAAACGGCAGCCACCGGGCAAUGAGAUCUACCGAAAGGGUACACUGUCCAUCUUCGAGAUAGAUGGUAAGGACAAUCGGUUCUAUUGCCAGACGCUUUGCCUUAUGGCGAAACUAUUCCUGGAUCACAAAACUCUCUACUACGAUGUUGAUCCUUUUUACUUCUACGUGCUGUGCGAGAUAGAUCGCGAAGGACAUCAUAUCGUGGGGUAUUUUUCCAAAGAAAAGGAAUCACCCGAAGGGAAUAAUGUCGCAUGCAUUCUCAUACUUCCACCCUAUCAGCGCAAGGGCUACGGUAAGCUGCUAAUUGCGUUCAGUUAUGAACUAUCACGCCGAGAAGGAAUCAUUGGCAGCCCAGAGAAACCGCUGUCCGAUCUGGGAAAGCUCAGCUAUCGGAGCUAUUGGGCGUACACAUUGCUUAAGCUCAUAAAGGACUAUCGGACGACGACGAUUAAAGAGCUGAGCGAACUGUCCGGCAUUACACCGGAGGACAUCAUCUACACACUGCAGUCGAUGAACAUGGUGAAAUAUUGGAAAGGUCAGCACGUCAUCUGCGUAACGGUGAAGCUGAUCCAGGAGCACCUGCAGAUGCCACAGUUUAAGAAACCGAAGUUAAUGGUAGACCCGGCGUACCUCAAAUGGACACCACAGAAGCGUAACAAUCCAGCAAAGCAGAUAAAGAAAAAUUAGAAUCUAAGCACAUGUUUCUGUGACCAUUUAUGCGUAAAUUAAACUUUGAAUUCCCGUUCAAAGAAAACAUAACGGAA